AUGAUUUCUUUCUGGAAGAAUUUAUUCCAUCGCAAGAAGGCUUUGGGCUCAAUAGAAGCACCUCCACCCUACAACAUCACAAAUCCUAAAUUCUCCGCAGCUGCCGAAACCUCCGCUCAAUGGUUUAAACCCUCUCAUGAUGUGAAGGAUCAAUCCUCCGCGGCCACCCAAACCCAUCCAAGCACUCCACCGCAUACGUUUCCGCGUAUUCAUAUAGUCACAACGAACACCCGCCCGAAUAUUACUUCGCAAAGUAUUCCACAAUGGAAUUGGAACCAUGCCGAAUGUCGAUUAUGGAUAUACAAAAUGUUGACUGAUAUGUGCGGCAGAUCAGAAGAACAUUCUUACGAGCUGGCCAUGAUGUGGGAAGGCUUUGGCCCGGCAUUAUUUAUGACUGAACAUAGUACAUGGCAGAAGUGGUUGGGGCCAAAUGACGGAAUAUCAAUUCAUAGUGUUAUUAUGGAAAACUUGCGGUCAGAGGGAGCGGUACCAAGUAGCCUAGCAAUUAGGACUAAUGACCCGAAUUGUACUGAUAUUUGA